AGCAUGUUACAGGAACUAGCUCAGUUUCAGAAUGGUACAUAAGCCAGGCAAUCCCAAUUCAUUCAUACUGUUUAUCUACUCGUUUUAUCAGGAUCUAUCAAUGAUGAUUUACGAUGCGGGCACGGGGAUGGUCUCUACCUCUCAAGAUGACGUGCUGAGUUAAAAAAAUUAAAUUAAACAAGCACAGCUUAGAUGAGAACGAUGUCCGUAGACUGCAAGAUACGGCUUUUGAGCUUAUAUGAUGUCGAGAAUAGGGUGCAAUACAUUUUGUGGAUCUGGUCGGCCGAUCAUUCAUUGUUCGAAGCGACUCCUGGGAGGAGUUAUUUGCAUCGCAGCGUGCACCUUUGAAAGAGUCACAUCCAGCCAUUCUCAGUAUUACUACGGCCCCAUUCCUCUCUGGUUCUCACUGCAGACCUAUAGUCUGCAUUCCCUCGCAGAGACCGAGAACAGCACACCUACUUCACUGACUAGUCGCAUCAAUGCACGAGUCGUGUCAUCCAACCACCCCCCAAGACGUGUACAAAUAUGGGGCAGACCGACAAUAGGUGAUAGAAGAGGUCAACCUAUAACGAGCGAGCAGUUCUCUCAACUCGUCAGUCUGUCGAAGAAGAGUACCGACUAUGGCGCUGAAGCUGAGGCUGAAGCUAUGGUGGAUCCCAAUAUGGAGUGGAAGGAUAUGACAGGUCGGUGUUGCGAGGUUUUUAAUGAAGGGGAACAGGAGGACAUGGGUUUGAAAUUAGAGAUAGGUCGGACGAUGGCGAUGGCGAUGGCGAUGGCGAUGGCGAUGCGGCGAGGCUACACCUGAGAAAGGCAGCAGUACGGAUUUUCGCAAUCAACAAACCUUUAUAUCUGGCAGUGGC